GCCAGGCGGGCACGCGUCAUUGUGUUACCUGCAGCCGGCCCGCAAGCUAGGCUCAGGUUUUUUUUUUUUUUUAAAUCUCCCUUCCCUCCCCCGCUUUCUAUGCAGCUGAUCUGAAAAGGAAUAAAAGGCUGCGCAUAAUCAUAAUAAUAAAAGAAGGGGAGCGCGAGAGAAGGAAAGAAAGCCGGGAGGUGGAAGAGGAGGGGGAGCGCCUCAAAGAAGCGAUCAGAAUAAUAAAAGGAGGCCGGGCUCUUUGCCUUCUGGAACCCGCCACUCUUGAAAGGGCUUUUGAAAAGUGGUGUUGUUUUCCAGUCGUGCAUGCUCCAAUCGGCGGAGUAUAUUAGAGCCGGGACGCGUCGGCCGCAAGGGCAGCGGCGACGGCAGCACCGGCAGCAGCACCGGCGGGAGCACCAGCGCGAGCACCAGCGGCGGCGUCCCGAGUGCCCGCAGCGCGCGGCACAGCGAUGCGGUCCCCACGGACGCGUGGCCGGCCCGGGCGCCCCCUGAGCCUCCUGCUCGCCCUGCUCUGUGCCCUGCGAGCCAAGGUGUGCGGGGCCUCGGGUCAAUUCGAGUUGGAGAUUCUGUCUAUGCAGAACGUGAACGGAGAGCUACAGAACGGGAACUGCUGCGGCGGCUCUCGGAGCCCUGGGGACCGCAAGUGCACCCGUGAUGAGUGUGACACGUACUUCAAAGUGUGCCUCAAGGAGUAUCAGUCCCGCGUCACGGCCGGGGGGCCCUGUAGCUUCGGCUCAGGGUCCACGCCUGUCAUUGGGGGCAAUACCUUCAACCUCAAGGCCAGCCGCGGCAACGACCGCAACCGCAUCGUGCUGCCUUUCAGUUUCGCCUGGCCGAGGUCCUACACUUUGCUUGUGGAGGCCUGGGAUUCCAGUAAUGACACAGUUCAACCUGACAGUAUUAUUGAAAAGGCCUCUCACUCGGGCAUGAUAAACCCCAGCCGGCAGUGGCAGACACUGAAGCAGAACACAGGGGUUGCCCACUUUGAGUAUCAGAUCCGUGUGACCUGUGAUGACUACUACUAUGGCUUUGGCUGCAAUAAGUUUUGUCGGCCCAGAGACGACUUCUUUGGACACUAUGCCUGUGACCAGAAUGGCAACAAAACUUGCAUGGAAGGCUGGAUGGGUCCCGAGUGUAACAAAGCUAUUUGCCGGCAGGGCUGUAGUCCCAAGCAUGGGUCUUGCAAACUCCCCGGUGACUGCAGGUGCCAGUAUGGCUGGCAGGGCCUGUACUGCGAUAAGUGCAUCCCGCACCCGGGAUGUGUCCAUGGCACCUGCAAUGAGCCCUGGCAGUGCCUCUGUGAGACCAACUGGGGCGGGCAGCUCUGCGACAAAGAUCUCAACUACUGUGGGACUCAUCAGCCGUGUCUCAAUGGGGGAACUUGUAGCAACACGGGUCCUGACAAAUAUCAGUGCUCCUGCCCUGAGGGAUAUUCAGGACCCAACUGUGAAAUUGCUGAGCAUGCUUGCCUUUCUGAUCCCUGCCACAACAGAGGCAGCUGCAAGGAGACCUCACUGGGGUUUGAGUGCGAGUGUUCUCCAGGGUGGACGGGGCCCACAUGCUCUACAAACAUUGAUGACUGCUCUCCAAAUAACUGUUCCCACGGGGGCACCUGCCAGGACUUGGUGAAUGGAUUUAAGUGUGUGUGCCCUCCCCAGUGGACUGGCAAGACAUGCCAGUUAGAUGCAAAUGAAUGCGAGGCCAAACCUUGUGUAAAUGCCAAAUCCUGUAAGAAUCUGAUUGCCAGUUACUACUGUGAUUGUCUUCCAGGCUGGAUGGGUCAGAAUUGUGACAUAAAUAUUAAUGAUUGCCUUGGCCAGUGUCAGAAUGAUGCCACCUGUCGGGAUUUGGUUAAUGGUUAUCGCUGUAUCUGUCCACCUGGCUAUGCAGGCGAUCACUGUGAAAGAGACAUCGAUGAAUGUGCCAGCAACCCCUGUUUGAAUGGGGGUCACUGUCAGAAUGAAAUCAACAGAUUCCAGUGUCUGUGUCCCACUGGUUUCUCUGGAAACCUCUGUCAGCUGGACAUAGAUUAUUGUGAGCCCAACCCCUGCCAGAAUGGUGCCCAGUGCUACAAUCGAGCCAGUGACUAUUUCUGCAAGUGCCCUGAGGACUAUGAGGGCAAGAACUGCUCACACCUGAAAGACCACUGCCGUACGACCCCUUGUGAAGUGAUUGACAGCUGCACCGUGGCCAUGGCAUCCAAUGACACACCUGAAGGGGUGCGGUAUAUCUCCUCUAACGUCUGUGGUCCCCACGGGAAGUGCAAAAGCCAGUCUGGUGGCAAAUUCACCUGUGACUGUAACAAAGGCUUCACGGGAACGUACUGCCAUGAAAAUAUUAAUGACUGUGAGAGCAACCCCUGUAAAAACGGUGGCACUUGUAUCGAUGGUGUGAACUCCUACAAGUGUAUUUGUAGCGAUGGCUGGGAGGGGGCCUACUGUGAAACCAAUAUUAAUGACUGCAGCCAGAACCCCUGUCACAAUGGCGGCACAUGUCGAGACCUGGUUAAUGACUUUUACUGUGACUGUAAAAAUGGGUGGAAAGGAAAGACCUGCCACUCACGUGACAGCCAAUGUGAUGAGGCCACAUGCAACAAUGGUGGCACUUGCUAUGAUGAAGGGGAUGCAUUUAAGUGUAUAUGUCCUGGAGGCUGGGAAGGAACGACCUGUAACAUAGCCAGAAACAGUAGCUGCCUGCCCAGUCCCUGCCAUAACGGGGGCACCUGUGUGGUCAACGGCGAGUCCUUCACGUGUGUCUGCAAAGAAGGCUGGGAGGGGCCCAUCUGCACUCAGAAUACCAAUGACUGCAGCCCUCACCCCUGUUACAACAGUGGCACCUGUGUGGAUGGAGAUAACUGGUACCGGUGUGAAUGUGCCCCGGGUUUUGCUGGGCCUGAUUGCAGAAUAAACAUCAAUGAAUGCCAGUCUUCACCUUGUGCCUUUGGGGCGACCUGUGUGGAUGAGAUCAAUGGCUAUUGGUGUGUCUGCCCCCCUGGACAUAGUGGUGCCAAGUGCCAGGAAGUUUCAGGAAGGCCUUGCAUCACCAUGGGGAGUGUGAUACCAGAUGGGGCCAAGUGGGAUGAGGACUGUAAUGCCUGCCAGUGCCUGAAUGGAAGAAUCGCCUGUUCCAAGGUAGGAUGUGAGAGCUGCUGUGGUUCUGGUAUAUUCUGGAAUUGUGGGUGGAUGUUCCUGCUAAGCUGCCAGCUUCUGUUUUCCCCUCUCCAGGUCUGGUGUGGCCCUCGACCUUGCCUACUCCACAAAGGGCACAGUGAGUGCCCUAGUGGUCAGAGCUGCAUCCCUAUCCUGGAUGACCAGUGCUUCGUCCGCCCUUGCACUGGCGUGGGUGAAUGUCGGUCGUCUAGCCUUCAGCCGGUGAAGACCAAGUGCACCUCUGAUUCCUAUUACCAGGAUAAUUGUGCAAACAUCACAUUCACCUUUAACAAAGAGAUGAUGUCCCCGGGUCUUACUACAGAGCACAUUUGCAGUGAAUUGAGGAAUCUGAAUAUUUUGAAGAAUGUUUCUGCUGAAUAUUCAAUCUACAUAGCUUGUGAACCUUCCCCUUCAGCAAACAAUGAAAUACAUGUGGCCAUUUCCACUGAAGACAUACGGGAUGACGGAAACCCCAUUAAGGAAAUCACUGACAAAAUAAUAGACCUUGUUAGUAAGCGUGAUGGAAACAGCUCCCUUAUUGCUGCUGUUGCAGAAGUGAGAGUUCAGAGGCGUCCUCUGAAGAACAGAACAGAUUUUCUGGUUCCUUUGCUGAGCUCUGUCUUAACGGUGGCUUGGAUCUGUUGCUUGGUGACGGCCUUCUACUGGUGUGUGCGGAAGCGGCGGAAGCCAAGCAGCCACACGCACUCGACCUCUGAGGAUAACACCACCAACAACGUGCGGGAGCAGCUGAACCAGAUCAAAAACCCCAUUGAGAAGCAUGGAGCCAGUACAGUCCCAAUCAAGGAUUACGAGAACAAAAACUCCAAAAUGUCGAAAAUAAGGACACACAACUCCGAAGUUGAGGAGGAUGACAUGGAUAAACACCAGCAAAAAGCCCGGUUUGCCAAACAGCCGGCAUACACGCUGGUAGACAGAGAGGAGAAGCCCCCCAAUGGCACACCGACAAAACACCCAAACUGGACAAACAAACAGGACAACAGAGACUUAGAAAGUGCCCAAAGCUUGAACCGGAUGGAGUACAUCGUAUAGCAGACAGCAGGCAGUGCUGCCGCUAGGUAGAGUCUGAGGGCACUUCAGGGCUUGUAGUUUCUUUAGACUGUUGUCAUAUUUGAGUCUGAGGCUGUUGACUUAGAAUCCCUGUGUUAAUUUAAGUUUCGACAAGCUGGCUUACACUGGCAAUGGUAGUUUCUGUGGUUGGCUGGGAAACUGAGUGCUGCAUCUCACAGCUAUGCAAAAAACAAGUUGAACGUGCCCGGUGUAUGGGUGUGUGUUCCCCUGCAGCUGACACCUUGUGGAUCAGGCUUCUGGGACAUUGCCCAGCCCCUAAUCCUUGAGCUUCCACUCCUGCCAGAUGUCCUAAUGGUGAUGCAGUCUUAGGAUCAUAGUUUUAUUUAUAUUUAUUGACUCUUGAGUUGUUUUUGUAUAUUGGUUUUAUGAUGACGUACAAGUAGUUCUGUAUUUGAAAGUGCCUUUGCAGCUCAGAACCACAGCAACUAUCACAAAUGAGUUUAUUAUUUAUUUUUUUUAUUGUAUUUUUGUUGUUGGGGGAGGGGGGCUUUGAUGUCAGCAAUUGCUGGUAAAAUGAAGAAUUUAAAGAGGAAAAUGUGUCAAAAGUAGAAUUUUUGUAUAGUUAUGUAAAUAAUUUUUUUUAUUAAUCACUGUGUAUAUUUGAUUUAUUAACUUAAUAAUCAAGAGCCUUAAAACAUCAUUCCUUUUUAUUUAUAUGUAUGUGUUUAGGACUGAAGGUUUUUGAUAGCAUUGUAAGUGUAUGGCUUUAUUUUUUUGAACUUUAUUUUCUCAUUACAUGUUGCCUAUAAGCCAAAAUUAAGGUGUUUGAAAACAGUUUAUCUUAAAAUGACAGGAUAGGCUUCUGUGCCUGGGGAUACAGAUGGAGUUUUUUUUGUACGAUGUCAGAUGUUAAAACACCUUCUAUAUAGCAUCACUUUAAGACACGUUUUAAGAACUGACUGAGGCAGUUUGAGAAUUAGUCUAGAACAGGUUCUUUUUUUUUUUUUCUUUUUCUGUUUCUUUUUUCCUGCUUUAGACUUGAAAAGAGACAGGCAGGUAACCUGCUACAAAGCAGUUUAAGGGAAUAAGUUGAGCUAUGACUUAAUGUAGCCAAGAUGUGAGUGGUUGAAUAUCAUUAAAAAUAUCAAAUUAAUUGUGUGAAGUUGGAAGCAUACCAAUCUUAUUUUGUAAAUUCUGAUUUCUUUUCACCAUUCGUAUGUAAUAUUGAACCACUUGUAGAUUUGAUUUUUUUGUUAUCUACUGCAUUUAGGGAGUAUUCUAAUAAGCUAGUUGAAUACUUGAACCAUAAAAUGUCCAGUAAGAUCACUGUUUAGAUUUGCCAUAGAGUACACUGCCUGCCUUAAGUGAGGAAAUCAAAGUGCUAUUAAAGUUUAAGAUCAAAAAGGCUUAUAAAACAGAGUAAUCUUGUUGGUUCACCACUGAGACCGUGAAGAUGCUUUGUAUUGUCCAAUUAGUGUUAUAUGAACAAAAAAGUGCAUCUUUGAUGUGUUGUUCUGGCAAUAAGUUUUGAAAAGUACUAUUUAUUAAAUUUUUUGUAUGAAAACGUGGAACAGCGUGGCCUCUUGUGAGCAUAUGUAGUUCUCCCCAGUUUUGCUGUGUGCCUUUGUCACCCCACCGGUCUAUGCUGGUGAUCUAUAGCAGGCAGCACCUGGUGGGAGAGGUAAAGUACUGGAAACUUUUUCAGCCACAAAAAUCACCUGAAGUUCUCAAACCUUGGGGCCGCUGUAAGCAGGAGCUGUUUUUCAACAGCAAGUGUGAAUAUUGCUUGAAUAAACACCACUGGAUUAAUGGCCUGUAGUGUGGAGAUGAAUUGUUUGGGCGCACUCAUGGGAAACGCCCAUUACCCUAAAGAGGUUUGAAACAAUUUAGAAUUGUUUAAAAUUGGGGGAUGAAGAGGGAGAUUUAAUGC